AUUAAUUUUUCCUGUUAUGAUAUUUAUUACAAUGCUUUAUUACAAGUACGUCCAAAAAUAGUUGCAUCAAAUUCAUGAUGCAAUGUAGGCUUUCUUUGGCUGAUUAUAGGGAGAGGAGUCUCCCUCUACUUAUCUAGGAUGCUGAGAAUAUCAAAGAAGAGAUUAAAGAGAGUCUAAUUUAAUUAAAACCUUUCAUAUAUCUUUUUAACCAAAGGAAGCUUAAAUUGCACACGAUCGGAGAUAAAUAUCACGUUUGUGCGUAAACAUUACAUAGUAUUAUUUAGAUUAUUCAACCAUGGACGGCUUAUAGUCAUAAUCUACUUCCGUUUUUGUCGGGUGGCGCCGUCGGCGUUACGACCUGCAUACUUCUCUUCCCCCUGAAUUUUUGUAAUACCAGAAUAUCCGUAGAUCUCGGAGACGACAAAUCGGUCAAACGAGAAUUUCUAAAUUUAAGGGACUGUUUGGGUAAAGUUUACAAAAAUGAUGGAGUCAGGGGCUUCUACGAAGGGAUGUCACUCAUGGCAUCCGGAAUGUUUAUUUACAGGGCAGCUUACUUUGGUAUCUACACAAUCUCUAAACGAAUAUAUUUGAACGCAAACUCGUCAGAUUCGACGGUUCAAACGAUGCGAACGCCAUUUUUAGUAUCCCUGGCGCUUGCUGAAUUCUCAUCUUUCACUGGAACAAUAAUUUCUUAUCCACUCGAGACGAUAGCUAGACAGAAAAUGCUUUGGAGCGGACAUGGUUUGAAAAAUUAUGUGACAACAAGACAAAUGAUCAGUAGGGUUUUAAAGAAAGACGGUCCAAUUGGUUUUUAUAGAGGGGUUAUCGCUAAUCAAUUGACGACGAUAUGCGGAUCCUUUGUUCUGGUCACGUACGAUUUAAUUAAGGGACACUACGACAUAUUAAAGGAGCCAAAGGCUGCUUCUAAUACUCGAAGGCUAGAUGAUUAAUUAACACGAACACUAACGUCCAUAUACGAAACGUGUACUGACUGUUGAGAAGGAACUUCACCUAUAACUGAAUUGUAUAAAGUUGAAAAAACAAUAUUUAACAUUUUCAAAUAAAAUAAAAUUUGUCAAUUUCUCGUUUCUGUCUAAUGUUCUUGAAUUUCAGGUAUACAGCGUUUUACGUUCCCUGCCAAGUUCAUCGUGCGGAUAAGCGUAUUGUGUUACAUAAUUACAGAGGCUUAAGAAAUAUCCGCAUGUAGACUGAUACGAAUAACUAUCGGAUUAAGGAUUACUAAGAAAUUCUCGAUAAAAUACAAUUUAGCGAUUAAUCACGAUAUAAUCCAUUUUUAAUCCUGCGUUGAUUAUAGUUUUCUCGAACUCACGAUAGAUAAACAUAAAUACCAAAGCAUAUAUGUAUUUCAUUCGAAUGCUUUUCUUUCAGACGUAUUGUAUAUUUUUCUACAACGUCUUGGCGUUUAAUGCGUUACCAAUCAUGUUUAA